AACAGCAACCUAUUAAUUAGAUUAAAUGUGUCCCGUAGCAACCACAACACAGUUUGUGAAAAAUCAAAGCACCCAAUGAAAAUUCCUUCCCGGAUGACAGGUAGCAAACGUCAAAACCACAACCAUCGCAAGCCGGAACGAGAUCAGUCGUGAGUGGGAAUUUAGUGACUAGUAAAGGAACACGCGUACCGCUGCCAUGGUUCUGCUUCAGCUACGCUCCCUUCGCUCUUGGUUGGUAUCGAGCGACCGUAGCCUGCGCGACACACUGAAUAGCAUCUUCUGGCUGAGCUGGGUUUUGGGCAUCAUUUUCCUGCAGUUCCGGCGACUGGUGGAGCGGCUGUUGCGUUUGGGUCGUGUAAAAGCUAGUAAGCAUGGACGGAUCGUGCAGCACUUAUGGAACAUUUCCUUCUACACCAGCGCCACCAUUUUCUUGCUGCUCUACCAAAUGCUCUUGAUCCGACCAGAGGUGGUCCGUGAGAGUGGCAAGUACUUCCCACAGUACAACAACGUCAUCUUUGCCAGUGCCUGCGAUCCGGCCAAGUUUGAGAUUAUCACAGUGGUGCUCGUAUCAUACCGGGUGCUUAGUACGGUAUCGAAGUUGUCCAGCGGCGACUAUUCGGUUGCAUUCUCGAGCGCCCUUUGUUCAUCAUUGCUGAUGUGUUGCCUCACGCUACGGUUGGAGAACUACAGCAUCCUGCUCAACCUAUACCUGGCGAUCUACAUCACGCUCGAGGAAACAUUCCUACUGUGCGCCUCUCAAACGGACCGCAAACACAAACACAAACAUAAGCUGACUGUUCUUGUAUUGCUGAUGUGUGGCACUUGGAUUUAUUUAUUUUUUUACCUUUUACCCUUCGAGUUCCUGAUACCGACUCUGUAUGCGCGCCGUGAGCUGUUCCCUCUCAAGCUGUGCUUUUGGCUGUGGUACUGCUCGUGCGUCUGGAACUCGCCGCUGUUAAAGCUGCUGUACCACAAAAUUUACCAUACACACGCAAACGACUGUGCUGGAGGAGCUUCGGCCGUACGAUGCAUUCUGUCGAACGAUUGGCAAAGUUUUCGUCAUUUCCGUAACCUCAAACAUGCCCACCUGAUGCUGGUGCUGCACCAAAGCAAUAGAACAACAAGAAGCGUACCAGCUAAUGAAAAAGCCACAUUGACCGCCUUCCAGACGAUCAAAUGUGUAGUAUCCUUAAAGCGAAAGCUGAGGCGAUUGCGUGAAAACAAGGAGCAGCUGGAUAAGUAUGAAUAGCUGGUUCACUGAACGCAGGAUCUAAACAAUCAAAUGAACAUAAUGAUCUCGACUGUAUGAAACUACGGCUUUCACUCUGUAUCUCUCUGUUUCUUUCUCUAUAUGUCUCUCCCUUCCUUCUUCCCGUCUCUACCCGCCUCCAUCCAUUAAUUCACAAUAUCCAUUCCUGCUUGCGCGCACAAGCAAAAUCAAUCAUCGAAUAACGCGAAUAACGAAGGUAGACAACAAACGCGAUGCAUCGUAAAUCAAUAGUUUUACUAGCAAAUUUGGCGGAAGGAAGUGAGAACACCAGGUUAGAAUAGGAAACAAUCACCUUUUUCUAAGAGAACUAGGGAACGCAUUACUAGGCUGUACAAAAAUUGUGUACUACUCUGCACCACAGCGAUGGAUGGUGCAGUUAACUUAUACAGAUAUGAAUAUAAGAAACGGUUUUGCAUC